UGCUCCAUUUGGUACUGCAAACUUGAGGGGAAUACUACUACUACUACUACUACUGCUGCUACUACUACUACUACUACUACUACUGCUAUUACCAUUACAACUACUACUUCAACUUUUACUACAACUACCACUCCCAUGACAUCCGUCUACUACUAAUAGUUUUACUUUUAGUUUUACUUCUACAAAAACUAGACUACAAGUAUCUACUACAACUUCAGUUUUUACUGCUCUUGUUUGUGAUUACAAGACUUACUCUUGGAGAUUAUAUUUUAAUUUUAUAACAGUGGACAUUAACCACUAAAGAGCAAUACUUUUUAAAUACUUGAGGAGCUUCUAUUUUUAUAUUUUAUAGCUGUAACUUCAAACAAAUUGUUGAAGAAAGACUUGGAUUUUUUUUUUUUUUUUUUUGGAAUGACUAAUUUAUAACUUCAACAACCAGUACUACUACUACUGCUACUACUACUACUACUACUACUAUCAAAUACAGCUCAAGACUGAAGACUGCUCUAUCCAUUUUUCAAUUUUAAAUACAAAAAACUAAAAAGAAUCUACAACAACUACUGCUGUUGCUGCUACUACUACAGCUACUACCACGACUAUUACUAUUACUACUGCUGCUGCUGCUACUACUACUACUACUACUACUUUUACACACUUUUGGACUACAACUAAUUGCAGUUACUACUUACUACUAAAACUAUUCAGAAUUCCUCUCUAGUAAACUACAUCAAAACUAGUAUUUUUAAGUUACCAUGCGGUGCUUAACUAUUUUUACUCUACUUCUACUUCACCCGCUCCUCUCCAUCCAAAGAGCGGCCCACACGACUCCAGCCAAGACAAAAACGGUGGACGUGAACGGGACAUUAGGAGCUGGAGAGCAGUGUGGAAUCUAUACGUUAAAAUGUGCUCCUGGUUUAAAAUGUAAGGCACCAAAGGACGAGGCCAAACCACUGCGAGCUCUUCUGGAGGGAAGAGGGACGUGUGGGAGCUCCAAGAAGACUGUCAAAGCACCGACAUCAACCCGCACUACAGACACAACUCCUACAGCGGCCCCUGAAGAGGCUCCGUGUCGUAAGCAUUUAAACUCUGUGCUCUCCGCUCUGGGACCUCAGCUGAUCACACCUCAGGAGGGGCUCUACCUGCCCAACUGCACCCGCCACGGCUUCUACAAGAGGAGACAGUGCCGGUCGUCCAGAGGGACGCAGAGGGGCCAGUGUUGGUGUGUGGAUCCGAAAGGGGCACCAGUCAACUCGAACUGUUAAAGAGACGGAACACAGAGACACUUAAAACAUGUUCUGAAGAUGAAGGAACAACACAACAGCCUAAUGUGACUGCAAUGAUGUCAUACUCAGAUGGAAACAAAAGACUGUUAUCCCUAUUGAUUAUAUUGUACUCUUCAAUUAAAUAUCCAAAAGGUAAAUUCACAAACGCUGAACCUGAUCAUUUCUAUUCAUGAGAAGACCCAAGAACUUGCUAUAACCACAGAAAUCUGCAUGUUAACAGUAUUGAUUUGAGCUGACCCCAUCUGUGUUCAAUAUCACUGAUCUAUGGAAUAUUGUGAUGUCAUCUGAAACCCUGCCACAUGGACAUGGGAGUAUCUAACAACAUAGCUCAAGCACUAUUCAUAUCAAAAUCUUAUAAUACAAAUUCAGAACAAAAUACUACACACAAAGUACCAGUUAAAUUCAUAUUUGGGCAUUUUGUAUCGGAUGUACUGCGUAGAAUUCUUGUUUUGCAUCAUGUGUUGUUAUGACGAUGUACAGUGAAUAAUAUAUUUGGUCAUAUUUAUCUUUUUUAUGCUUUUAUAUUAUUUAUCCUGUAAGUGUCUAUUUAUAUCAUAAGUCAAAUACUCAUUUUGUAAUAUUCAAUAAAUUCUUACUUUUUGCA